UUUUAUUUUCUGAUUUUUAUGAUGUUGGGUUUUUUACUUAUUUGCUUGACGACUUCUACAUUAGCGACUGAAACUCCCAUUAUAGGGAUUAUUAGUCAAAAUAUUCCACUUGCUCUGGAUCAUUUUUCGCCAGGAGGUACCUUUAUAGCAAGCAGCUAUGUCAAAUGGAUAGAGUCGGCUGGCGGACGAGUGGUUCCUCUUGUUCUAGGAAGUUCACAGAAUUUUACCGAGUUAUUAGAGAGUGUAAAUGGAAUUCUGAUUGCUGGAGGAAGGUCCAACAUUGAGAACUCUACAUAUUCAAGGCUCGUAACUCAGAUCUUCGAGUACGCAAAGGCAGCAAAUGAUGAUGGGGAUUAUUUCCCUAUUUGGGCAACAUGCCUUGGAUUUGAAUUUAUCACUCUUGCAUCAACUGCAGACAAGAUACGCCAUCUAGCGAGAUGUGAUGCUUGGGAUCAGCAUCUUCCUUUAAACCUACUGGAAGAUUGGAAGGAAAGUCGUCUUUUCAAAAAGGCUGACAACGACAUUCUAAACAUCUUGACUACUAUGAAUGUGACUUCAAACUUCCAUAUGUAUUGCCUCACCAUGGACAAUUUUACCAGGUUUAAAAUGGAUGAAUUCUACAUUCCCUUGUCUACAAAUAUAGACAAGAAUGGGUUGGAAUAUAUCACUAGUGUGGAAGCAAAGAAUUAUCCUUUCUAUGGAACCCAUUUUCAUCCUGAGAAAGCGAGUUUUGAAAUUGGGUACACUCGUCCUAAUAUACCACAUACAAGGGAAGCGAUUCUAGCAAAUGGACAUUUUGCACAAUUUUUCAUAGAAGAAGCUAAACGUAGCAAACACAGAUUUAAUUCAAGGGAGAUCGAGGAGAAAAGUUUGAUAUACUCCUAUGAUUCUCAAAUAUAUACGGGACAAAUUGGUGUUGAUUUCUUAUAUCAACAAGUUUAUGUAUUUCCUGUCUAGUUGAUUUCUUAUAUCAACAAGUUUAUGUAUUUCCUGUCUAGUUGAUUUCUUAUAUCAACAAGUUUAUGUAUUUCCUAUGAAAAGAAAUUGAAGUUUUGCCGCAAACUCUAAUUUUCUAAUCCUUAUAUAUCCUUGCAACCCAAUAUUGUAGAUAUUUCAACCUAUGCAUUUUAUGAAAUGAAAUGAAAUCUUUGUCUGCAGAUCGAGUAUUUAGUACUUUAGUAAACAUACUGAUAUCAGAAUUAAACACUUUUAGACCUGAAAAAACAACAAUAUCUUCCACAUUAUUGAUCAGAUAAAGGUUUAAAGAUUACCGUUGUAAAUCGGGCACUGCCAUCUUCGCAUGGAAUAUCACUUGAAUUAAAUUACGCUUCCUUUAAGAUACUUAAUCCUGCAAGACAGAAAUUAGAUAAUUUCUUAUUUAAUUAAAUAAAUUGUUAAAAAAUGUUAAUAUUUUACAAUGACCAUCUUCUUAUGUUUUAAUAUCUUUUUGUUCCAAUAAAUAUUACUUUCUUUAAA